UUAGUCAGAUCGACGAACAAGUGAGAUUGUCAGUGAUUGUCAGUGACGAGUGUCGUGCGCUUGAUCGCUCCUCUUUCAUUGCAUUAUUGUUGAUUGUUUUUGUUCUGUUUCAUUCUAUCGUGUAUUUUAUUGUGCUCACAAUUCAUCCUGUGAAACGGAUAUUCUGGAUCAUCAGUUAUCGGAUAGGACCCAUUGAUUAGCUGCUGAAACCGUGCGACAUGGAUUUCAUAAUAUUAAAGGUGAACGGAAAGGAUAUUUCAAACUCUAGUCACGAAGAUGCAGUACGCUGUUUUCAAUUGGCUCAAGAGCCAAUUAUUGUAGAGGUUCUUAGACGACAACCCAGUGGACAUCAACAAGUGCCUCACCCGCCAUUCAAAGUACAUGAAAAUAUCACGCGUCAAGAUAAGAAUGAGACGACGAACGAAAGAAGUGUGACAAAUAAACAAAUAUGUAACAAUGUCGUCAACAAGGACAAUAUGACAUGCAAUUUGAUAUCUACUUCAGUUCAAACGGACUGGGCUGGACUCAUAGAAGUAGAAGAGUUAUUUCCGGUUCCUUUCGUCGUUGAAGAACAAGAAAACGAUAAUUUCGAGGAUCUUCUUACUCACGACAUCGAUUUUGAGGAGGUGACGUUGCGGAAAAGUGGGAGCGCCGAGAAGUUUGGACUGACUGUGUGCUAUAGCUCUGGUUCCGGCAGUGAAGACCUUGACACCGAGGUUUAUAUCUCGGAAAUAGUUCCUGAAAGUCUCGCAGCCCGAGAUGGCCGGUUACGAGAAGGAGAUCAAAUUUUGCAGAUCAAUGGCAAGGAUGUCGCGAAUAAGGAGCAGACCGAAAAUCUAUUCGCCAAAACAAAAAAAGUAGUGACUAUUCUCAUCAGUCGAUGUGUAUAUCAAGACGAUGCAUACGAUGAUAGACGUAUCUAUCAUCAGGGUUCGCCAUCGCUUUCGCUUCAAAACCUGCCAGCAUAUCAGAAUAGUAUGAUCGAGCAACUGAUCCAGCAACAGCAACAACAAACAGAGGAACGUACUAAAAACAACGAGAUAGACAACUACACCCUAAAAGUGCCUCCACUAGCUCACACUCAGCAGCAAUCGCCGUUAUCGCAACAACAACAAUCUGUUAACAACUUUUCUACAAAUUUAUCGUCUACGUGCUCAUUGCAGAGCUUACACAAAUCCGCCGGCAAGAACACGAUCUUGUCAGAGCAUCGUACAAAAGAAUGCAAUAAGCAAUGGUCGCUGAAGGAUUGUUUAAAGAGACUCGAGAAUAUAUCCCUGUGUGAUCAGCAAUCGAGUCCACUAGAGGCAACACCGCUAUCAGUGAAGCUCAUUGAGGCGUACUCGAGUCAUGUGUGGAGUGAUUCCGAGCACAUCUAUGAAACAAUACCAGAAUCAGAUAGCGAGCCAAUCUAUUCAUCGCCAUACGAGCACCAUCAACAACAUUGGCCGCAGUAUAACGGAACUAUGCAGAACUAUUUGAGCAACCAACAGAAUCAGAAAUGGCAUUUCUCCUCAAAGAGCAAUAGCUCCGGCGAAGAAAAAGAUAGUUCAAGCGCUUACAACACCGGCGAAUCCUGUCACAGUAAUCCUUUAACUUUGCAGCUGCAUGAGAGUGAGAAGGAUCAUUAUAAGAGCACAUUGAUAUUAUGCUCGUCGAAGACGCCACAGCAGCAGAAGAUCGGUUGCAAUUGUCCCCUGCUAGUAACACCAACCGCAACGUCAGCAGUGACAAAGCAAUCAUCGAAAAACAUAAAGAACCAAAACAUAAAAAAGAGCUUAUCGUCAUCGCAUCAUCACAGAGAUCGCAACGAAAUUUCAUCGAUGAACAUCAACACUAUGGCAGCCGAUACUAUGUACACGAAUGUGGCAAAUUUACAACAAACAAUGAUGCUGCAACAGCAACUAUUCAAACAAGCACUCAACCGCAAAAACCUCAUGACAUCUAAAGAAAUGUUCACAUGCAGUAUGAAGAAACCCAAGUCGUAUGGUAAUUUUCAAGCACCAAAUCUCGCACAAUACCAGUUCGUUGGUAGUCAACAAGUAUGCACGUCUACUACUUGGAUACCAACAGAAGACAAAAGCGAGGUGCAAAUGGAAUGGAAAGUGAAGAGAAGAGCGGACGGAACGAGGUACAUUGCCAGACGGCCAGUUAGGAAUCGGAUACUUCGGAACAGAGCAAUCAAGAUAACAGAAGAAAGAGCUGGUCACAUCAUCGAAGAUGAUGCUAUGUCAGAAAUGAAGGUCGGACGCUAUUGGAGCAAAGAGGAGCGUAAAUGGCAACUGGAACGUGCACGCGAGCGCAAGCAACGUCAACAGGAACUGUUACUGCAGCAAGAACAGCAGCAACAGACUAACGAUCUGCUGAUAUGCGAACAUACAGAGGAUAAAAUGUCCAAGAAGCCAUUGAAUAUCGUUGAGCUAAGUUAUAAGAAGAUGGUGCGUAAAAAAACUCUGAAUGAUUUUACCACCGUCCAAGAAAUGUUGGUUCACGGAAAUAGAAUGGGCACAAGAGGAUCUGGCACGAGCAGGAAAUUAAUGGGUCUACUGUCGGUUACCACGGUGUAGACCCGCGUAUCCUUCAUAAAAAUUAAUCAUUCAGAUAUUGAAAUUCCGGAAAUGAAUACAAGAUGUUUUACGGACACAUAAGUGAC